AUGAAAUUCUCGUCAAAACAUUUGAUUUUUUGUUUUUUUGUUUCUUUCGCGAUUUGUGAGGAAAUUUUGGACGAAAGUGUUGCGGAAAAUGACGUCGUUGCUGAAACGUCUGAAAAACCAAUUUUAACGUUCGAAGGUGCAUCGCCAGAAAAUGUGAGCAAAUCUAAAGUUGACCAACUGAGUUCCGUGUUCAAGAAAAAUAUUGACAAGCUGAAAAGUAAACACAAACGACUCGAUAUCGUUUUUUUGAUCGAUUCGAGUUCCAGUGUGGGAAAAGUUAAUUUCGAAAGUGAAAUUAAAUUUGUAAAAAAAUUACUGAGCGAUUUUCCUGUGAGUUACGAAUACACUCGAGUUGCGAUCGUAACGUUCAGUUCCCAAGCAAAAAUUUUCCGCCAUGUUGAUCAAAUUUCGAAACCUUCCCAGCUAAACGACAAAUGCAUGUUGCUGAAUCAUCAGAUCAACACGAUCAGUUUUUCGGGGGGCGGCACUCAUACUUACGGCGCUUUCGAAGAAGCAAAGAAAAUUUUCGAAAACGGAAGAGCUGGUAGUAAAAAACUCAUAUUUUUAGUCACCGAUGGAUUUUCGAACGGAAAAGAUCCCGUACCCAUCGCGCACGAACUGAAACAGGAAAAUAUCACAAUUUACACAAUUGGCAUCCAGAGUGGCAAUUAUGAGGAACUUUAUAAUAUUUCGAGUGCGCCGGGACAAAGUCACAGUUAUUUGCUCGAUAGUUUCGGGCAAUUUGAGAGUUUGGCGCGUAAAGCGUUGCAUGCGGAUUACAAAGUUGGCGAAACUUUGAGAGUUAAUGAGCGAUUUUGUAAUUUGCUGUGUGCGGAAAAUGAUUUAGAAAAUGAAAAUUGUUGCGAUAAAAAUGCGGAAUGUAGUUGCGAUACGAAUUCGGGGCAUUAUAAGUGUUUGUGCAAGCCGGGAUUUUUUGGAAGUGGUUUGGUGAAUUCGUGCCAUGUUUGCGCUAAUGGAACUUACUCCGACACAUGGAAUGAAUGCAAAUCCUGCCCCGACAAAAAUCACAUCACAUUAAAGGAACCUGCUCUCAGUAUUGCUGAUUGUGUUUGCAAAAACGGCUUUAAAUCCGGCGAUCGUAAUAAUUGCGAGACAAUUACUUGUCCCGAGCUCACUCCUCCUAAAAAUGGAUAUUUUGUGACUUCUUCUAAAGGUUGUGGUCAAGUCUUGAACGCCGCAUGCGGAGCAAGAUGCAAAUCUGGAUAUCUCUUAACCGGAAGCAGCAUUCGUUUGUGUCAGGAGAACGGCACGUGGUCAGGAACUGAAGCAGAAUGCGUUUUAAAAACCUGCCCAGCACUCAAAGUCCCGUAUUAUGGUCAAGCAAUUUGCAAAAAUCCAGAUUUAAAUUUGUUUUUCGACUAUUCUCCGCGAAAUGAAACUUUUAUGGCGAAUUACUCGCGUGACGUGGAUAAAUUUACGGAACGGAUGCCCAUCGAUACGGAAUGUACCUUCAAAUGUGGACAUGGAUUUUACAUUGUUGGCUCCCGGCAGAGGAAUUGUUUGCCCUUGAAGGAGGGAAAAUGGGAUGGAUUGAAGACUUCGUGCAAGCAAAUCCUGUGUCAACCCCUACCAAAAGUAAAAUUCGGUAAUUACGAACCUCUCGAUUGCACCGAAGACAAAUCUGAACACGGUUCAAAUUGCACUUUAACCUGCGAAUUUGGCUUUGAACUCAAAGGAGGACCUUCAAUUCGCGUUUGCAACGGCAAACGCAACGGAUUUUGGUCCCAUAAGAACAAAAACCCUCGUUGUGUUGACGUCAUGGCUCCUCAUCUCACCUGCCCGGGCGAUUAUUCGCUCCCGCUUGAACCGGAUCUCAACUAUACGCUCAUUCGUCAACUUCAUCAACCGUAUGUCUUCGAUAACAGUGGCGAAAAUGUCACUUUUUGGACUCGUCCUGCCCUAAAAGAGAACAAAAUGAAACUCGGCAAAGGAAAUCACACGAUAACUUACAUCGCCGUCGAUAAUUUCAAAAACAAAGCAAAAUGCACCUUUUCGAUCGCCGUAAUUGACAUAAAUCCGCCCGUUUUUGAGGAAUGCAUGGAUCCGCCGACGUUAUUUAUUGGCGCGGAAAAGAAUAAAAACACUACUUUCCUUGAAUGGGAUGAACCUGUUGUCUAUGACAACUCCAAUGAACCUGUUUCGCUUGAAAAAUCCAUGAAUUUUGGGUUUUUAGACGUUGGCGUGUACGAAGUCACCUAUACAGCAACUGAUUCUUCAGGAAAUUCAGAAGUUUGUAUCGUAAAUGUGACUGUGAAGGAGAGAAAAUGCGAAAAUAUCGAAGCUCCUAUGAACGGCGCCUCAAUUUGUGUCAGAAAUAUCACCCAUACGCUUUGUGAACUCUCGUGCAACAUCGGAUAUGGCUUUUACAGCGACAACAAAGAACUUUCUGACACCCUGAGACUCACUUGUGAGAACCGAAAAGGCGUUUGGGCUGAAAAAUCUCCCGAUUGUAGUCUCAUUGAGACUCCCGAGUCCGUAGAAGAGGUUUUCACAAUAUCGCUGGAUGCUGAUCCUAUGAUUUGUGACGAUGGAAGUGCCCAAGAAGAGCUGAAAACGGGUUUUGUUGACGUCAUUAAGGAACAUUUAUGCGGAAAUCAAGAAGAUUGUGAGAUUUCCUCGCAAUUACCUGCUUGUGAACCCGAAGAACAACUUCCAGGGGUUUCCAAUUCAACUUUUUAUAACAUCGUGAAACGGGAAAUUGCAUCAAAAAGUUCUUCGAGAGAGGCUCGAGCUAAUUUCAAUAUCAAAGUUUACACAAAUCUCGGAAAGCGACUCGGAUUGUGGCAGUAUAACGUCUCAAAAGUAGAAAAUAUUCAAAAAAUCCGCGCCGAGCUUGAAGCUGUGAACACGAAUAAAGAUCUCAAGCGAAAACUGCAGCAAUAUAAAAUCGACAUCACAAGUUUGAAGUUGGAUGAGUUUGCAAAAUGCAACCCAGGCAGUGUCAGUAAGAAACUUGUGUGUGUUCAAUGUCCUGCAGGUACUUUUCAUAAUAUAACCUCAAAUUUGUGUCAAUCUUGCGCGAUUGGGAUGUACAAUGAUGUUCCGGGACGCACAGAAUGCACGCCCUGCCCCCAUAAUUACGUCACACGAAAGUCAAAUGCCAAAAGUUUUUACGAUUGCAAGGCUUUGUGUCCUCCGGGAACGAUAGCGAAGCUAAAACCAAAGACAGGAGCUGAUCAACAUCCGAAUAGCUUGAUGCCUUAUUGCAGAAAAUGCAAUCCAGGCGAAUAUAAUCCGAACUAUAAUCAAUUAAGAUGCGAAAAAUGCCCUUCCGGGUACUUUUCGAAUCGCGGAUCGACCAAUAUUCAAAAUUGCACAUUCACUCAACUGCCUUGUUUACAAAAUCCCUGUGGCAAACACGGCAAAUGUGUGCCUGAAAGAGCGUCGCAUCUUUACACGUGUGUCUGUGAUGAGGGAUUUGUCGGAGCUCAUUGUGAAAUAUGGGAGAAUUCGUGUCUUUCGGCGCCUUGUUACAACGGAGGUACGUGCUCGAUGACAACAGAUGGCGCUUUAAAAUGUAAAUGCUUGGAAUCGUAUCACGGAGCGUUUUGUGAGCACUUUAGAGAUCCGUGUAACGAGAAUCCGUGCAAAAAUGGCGGAAGUUGUGUGGAAAUUGAAGGAAAAGUUGUUUGUGAAUGUGCUAAUGGAUUUGAAGGGGAAAGAUGCGAAAAGUAUAAUAAUAUUUGUGACACAAGACCUUGUGAAAUGGGAAUUUGUGUCAAUAAUGGAGAUGGAUUUUCUUGUAUUUGUCCUCCGGGUCAGAUUGGAAGGAGAUGUCAUCUCAAACCAUGCGAUUACGUCCCGUGCCAUGGAAGCUCCGUUUGCGUGGAUGUUGCUGAAGACGUUACCACAAAAAAUAGCUACAAAUGCGAAUGCCCAAUCGGUUUAAAAGGUCAAAACUGCACCGAAGUCGAUAACCCGUGUGAUCAUUUGCCAUGCAGAAACAACGGAAUUUGUUCGCCAGUUGCUUUGCGAAGUCUCCGACAAACAAGCAUCUUUAGUCGCUACAUCGACGAUCAAAAAUACGACGAAUUCAAGUGUGAUUGCCCUCCGUUCUUUUAUGGAAAAACUUGCGAAACGCUCGUCACACCGGAUUUCAUAAUGGAAUUUCAGAAAACGAAUGUCAAUAAUUACAUCAAGAUGAAAGGACCAACGGAAAAUCUGCAAGAAAUUUCGUUCUGUGCAUGGCUCAAAACGAACGACACAUUCAAUUAUGGGACUUUAUUGUCAUAUGCUGCGGGAAAUGUCGACAAUAUGUUCACCUUAACGGACUACAAUGGGCUCAUUUUGUAUGUAAAUGGCUCUCACACGAUCACCGAUAUCGUCAUUAACGAUGGUUUUUGGCAUUUUGUCUGUGUCACAUGGCGCAAAGAAAACGGCUAUUACGAAAUUUAUCUCGAUGGAAGGCUCGUGAGUAGCGGCGUCGAUCUCAAUCCAAACGGAGAAAUUCAAGGAAACGGACUUUUGAUCAUCGGACAGGAACAAGAUACGCUCGGCGCGAGUUUUAGUGAGUCGGAAAGCUUCAUUGGGAUGAUUUCGUAUCUCGAUAUAUGGAAAAGGGCGUUGAACGGGUACGAAGUUGAGGAGCUUUAUACGUCUUGUGAACCGUAUCAGGGAGAUUUGUAUGCUUGGACCGACUUUAAGCUCCAAACUCAUGGAAAUAUCAAGACUUACCCGUCGAAUUUUUGCAAACCUUGUGCGAGGAACUUGACGUUGCAGUAUGGCACGGUCAUGUAUAUCGGAAAUAAUGCGUUGUAUCAAUGCGAUGAGGGAUAUUUGAUGGAAGGAAGUGCGAUAAGGCAUUGUUUGAGGACUUCUUUUUGGGAAAAAUCGUCUCCUGUCUGCAAAUUGAUCCGUUGCGGCUAUGUAGGCUCAAUUUCAAAUGGAAACGUGACAGUAACAAAGUCAAGUUACAACGGCACAGCUACUUUCAAAUGUGACUCGGGUUACGAGAUGCUUGGAAAUCCUUUGCGCGUGUGUCAACUUAACGGAAAAUGGUCUGGCGCGAAUCCCGAAUGCGUUAGCAAACACUUUUGUGCUCCAAUUUCGACUCCCGAGCACAGUACAGUCAUAUAUGCAACAGAAAAAGGCACAAUAGACGAUAAAAAUGUCACCGAAUUCCGUACAGGAACAUUAGCCGAGAUCCAAUGCGAAUCAGGAACGCAUCCAGAUGGCGAUAAUUUGAUCACUUGCAUGAAUGACGGCACGUGGGACAACGAUCCGCCGGUUUGUAUACCGGAAAAAAUUGACGCCGACUUGAUUGAAGUAGAGGAAAUUGUCAUUACUGAACCAACAACUUUGGGUUUGGGUCAAAAAUCUGUUCCGGACAAGGCUUUUUGGAAGUCACUUCAUUCGUAUUUGUUCUUUGGAUGUUCCGAUGUUGCCAAGAGAUCAUCCCUGUGCGAUAAUUACCCCACAAAUUUGACAGAUUUGAAUAAUUUUGACGGAGACAAAGGCAAAGGAGUUCAAAAUACGGAUCAAAAGCUCGUUGAUUUGUUUGAAACGACUCUCGCAUCGAUAGAUUUCCCUUCAGUCACAAUCGGAAGUCUUUUUGAGUACAUUUUAUACCAAAAUGACACCGAAAACGAACGUUUAGACAAGAAUAUGGAAGAUUCUUUCCGAUCAACGUUGUGUUUUUACAUGAAUAUUCUUUCAAGUGAACCUCCAAAGGAAGAAGAAUCCGAUUAUGACGACUCCAGUGAAGAUAUUGGAAGAAAAAUCAUCCGUUUAAUACGAAAAAUUGUUCAACCAGCAUUCGAAAAUGAUCUAAAAUUGAAUGUAGAAAAGCCUUUGAGGGGACUUCAAGCGUUAAUUGCGUCGAAAGAAGCGGAAAGUAGUAAUAAAUUGAUGUCGUAACGUAAAAAAUUAACA